AUGGCGAUAAGUAAGCGACUCACCGGGGCCCGGGAUCCGCGAGGUCGACUGCCGGACGACGGAGUAUUUAUACGACUGGACCCGGUCGCCCCGCGCCAGGCCCCAUUCACCCUGCUGCGUCGCGAAGGGCGGCUUUUCGAAGUGAUGCGCGGCGGAUAUCGAGGCGGUUUCCGCGGCGGGCCACCGGGACCUGGGCCUGUUGGACCGAUGGGACCGAUGGGCCCACCUGGCCCUCACAUGGCCGGCCCACCCGGCCCUCCAGGACCAGGCGCGCCACCCGCAUUUAUGCCUCCACAACCACCUUUCGAUCUCGUCUCGGCUUCCGACUACUUUCACAAGAACAAUGACAACCACGAGGUUGAGCUUACGGCGGAAAUCGUGAAUCGGGCCAGCAAAUUGACGCCAAAUGAGGUGGAGCGUGGCCAUUUGCAGAACUGUCUCACGAGAACGAUGGCCGCCCUUCAAAAGUUCAGAAAUGACAAUCUGGUGCCAGACGUGUUGAUAGAGGAAUACAUGGAAGUCGGCUCGCACAAAAAGGAUACGAUUCUCGCUGGCCACAAGAGUCUCGACAUUGUUGUCGUGAUGAAGUCCAUGCCAAAAAUCGAGUCUGUCCAUCUUCUCGGGCAAAAGGUUGGCGAGUUGUUGCGGGCCGAGAAAGAAAUAAUAUCGGUGCAGUCUCGCGACUUUGGUUGUCUGAUCAGCUUCACAAGCAUCGGCGUCCGGGUCAACCUUCUAAUCGCCACCAUCGCAGCCAAUGCGCCAAAACUCGAGGAGGGAUUGCACAUUCCGGAGCCGCUGAUGCUGAAACACCUAGCAGCGAUCAGACACAUCCGAUGGUGGGAGGAUGCGGCGGCAGGAUCUCCGGUUAAGGAUCUCGUCCGCAUCUUCAAGGACAUGCGCGUCCGAUUCCAAGGCCUCAAGCCGCUCAGCGUCUGGGCCAUCGAAUUUCUGUGCCACUUCUGCAUGGUGCACACGGCAAAUCGACAAACACUACCGAUGGGCCCGACUUUCCUUCGAGUACUACAACUUCUAGCCGCUGGGGUAUUUCUACCCGGUUCGAUCGGGCUGGCGGAUCCGUGUGAUAUCCCCAGCAACUUCCUAUCCAACAUUACGUUUGAGGAAAUGGAUUCUCUCUGCUCGACGGCUCAAACACUGGUGCGCGUCAUUUCCCAUGGAGGACACGCACGUGUGAUGGGUACUUCACCCGAGAAUAUUGAUGUCACCGUCACGCCGACAUAUUACAUGGUUGAUGGAGAACGGGUGGUCGUAACUCCGCUCGACAAGGCCUAUGAUCCAACACUGAUGACAACCCAAAAACCGGCUGGGCAGGAGGCCAAGGCCGCUGCGCAU